AUGAUCACAGUCAACCCCGAUGGGAAGAUAAUGGUCAGAAGAUGCCUGGUCACCCUGAGACCCUUUCGGCUCUUUGUCCUGGGCAUCGGCUUCUUCACUCUCUGCUUCCUGAUGACGUCUUUGGGGGGCCAGUUCUCCGCCCGGCGCCUGGGGGACUCACCCUUCACCAUCCGCACAGAAGUGCCAGGUGGCUCCGAAUCCCGUGGCGCCCUCCGCAAGAUGAGUGACCUGCUGGAGCUGAUGGUGAAGCGGAUGGACAUGCUGGCCAGGCUGGAGAACAGCAGCGAGCUGCACCGCACUGCCAGUGUGGCACACUUAGCUGCAGACAGGCUCACCCCUGGAGCUGGCCUCAUUGAGAGGAUCCAGGCCAUUGCCCAGAAUGUGUCUGACAUCGCAGUGAAGGUGGACCAGAUCCUACGCCACAGCCUGAUUCUGCACAGCAAGGUAUCUGAAGGUCGGAGGGACCAGUGUGAAGCACCCAGCGACCCCAAGUUUCCUGACUGCUCAGGGAAAGUGGAGUGGAUGCGUGCCCGCUGGACCUCGGACCCCUGCUAUGCCUUCUUUGGAGUGGAUGGCACCGAGUGCUCCUUCCUCAUCUACCUCAGUGAGGUUGAGUGGUUCUGCCCCCCGCUGCCCUGGAGGAACCAGACAGCUUCCCGGAGAGCCCCCAAGGCCCUUCCCAAAGUCCAGGCAGUGUUCCGGAGCAACCUGUCACACCUCCUGGAGCUGAUGGGCAGUGGGAAGGAGUCCCUCAUCUUCAUGAAGAAGCGAACCAGGCGGUUCACUGCCCAGUGGACCAAGGCUGCCAAGCACCUGGCGCAGAAGCUGGGGGACACCCGGAGGGACCAGAAACAGAUCCUUGUCCACAUCGGCUUCCUGACAGAGGAAUCUGGGGACGUGUUCAGCCCACGGGUGCUGAAGGGCGGGCCUCUGGGGGAGAUGGUGCAGUGGGCCGACAUUCUGGCCGCUCUCUAUGUGCUGGGCCACAGUCUGCGGAUCACAGUGUCCCUGAAGGAGCUGCAGAGUAACUUAGGGGUGCCGCCAGGCCGGGGGAACUGCCCGCUCACCGUGCCUCUGCCCUUUGACCUCAUCUACACGGACUAUCAUGGCCUUCAGCAGAUGAAACAGCACAUGGGCUUGUCCUUCAAGAAGUACCGGUGCAGAAUUCGAGUCAUCGACACUUUUGGGACAGAGCCAGCAUACAACCACGAGGAGUAUGCCACACUACACGGCUACCGGACCAACUGGGGUUACUGGAACCUUAACCCCAAGCAGUUCAUGACCAUGUUCCCUCACACUCCAGAUAACUCCUUCAUGGGCUUCGUGUCCGAGGAGCUCAAUGAGACGGAGAAGCAGCUUAUCAAAGACAGCAAGGCCAGCAACAUGGCGGUGGUGUAUGGCAAGGAGGCGAGUAUCUGGAAGCUCCAGGGCAAGGAGAAGUUCCUGGCCAUCCUGAACAAGUACAUGGAGAUCCAUGGCACCGUGUACUAUGAGAGCCAGCGGCCCCCCGAGGUCCCUGCCUUUGUGAAGAACCAUGGCCUCCUGCCACAGCCUGAGUUCCAGCAACUGCUGCGUAAGGCCAAGCUCUUUAUAGGGUUCGGAUUUCCCUACGAGGGUCCAGCACCCCUGGAGGCCAUCGCCAACGGCUGCAUCUUCCUUCAGUCUCGCUUCAGCCCACCCCACAGCUCGCUCAACCACGAGUUCUUCCGGGGCAAGCCCACCUCCAGGGAGGUGUUCUCCCAGCAUCCCUACGCAGAGAACUUCAUCGGCAAGCCUCACGUGUGGACUGUCGACUUUAACAACUCGGAGGAGUUUGAAGCGGCCGUCAAGGCCAUCAUGAACACCCAGGUAGACCCUUACCUGCCCUAUGAAUAUACGUGUACAGGGAUGCUGGAACGGAUCCAUGCCUACAUCCAACACCAGGACUUCUGUGCGGGCCCAAGCCCGGUUCCACCAGGAGCCCACACCUCCCAGAGUCCCUUUGUCUUAGCUCCUAACGCCACUCAUCUCGAGUGGGCCCAGAAUAUCAGCUCAGUUGCGGGAGCCUGGCCCCCUACCCACUCUCUACGGGCCUGGCUGGCGGCCCCUGGGAGGGCCUGCACCGACGCCUGCCUGGACCAUGGGCUGGUCUGCGAGCCUUCGUUCUUCCCCUAUCUCAACAGCCAAGAUGCAUUCCUCAAGCUGCAGGUGCCCUGUGACAGCACAGAGUGGGAGAUGCAUCACUUGUACCCCGCCUUUGCCCAACCCGGCCAAGAGUGCUACCUACAGAAAGAGCCGCUGCUCUUCAGCUGUGCCGGCGCCAGCACCAAGUACCAGAGGCUCUGCCCGUGCCGUGACUUCCUCAAGGGCCAGGUGGCCCUGUGCCAGGGCUGCCUGUGA